AUGCCUCAUAUUGAAAUCUUUGAGCCGGAGGUCAAGGAACUCUGGCGGCCCUCCUCUCCGGAGACAACCCAGAUCUAUGAUUUCAUGACUAAAGUGAACAAGAAGUAUGGCUUGAUACUGAAUGAUUACAACGCUCUCUGGAAAUGGAGUGUCUCUGAACCGACCCAAUUCUGGGAGGAGAUAUGGCACUAUACGAAAAUCCAUACCCACAAUCCAUACCAACAAGUCCUUGAUUCAAAAGAUGUGCUAUUUCCCAGACCUUCAUUUUUCGAAGGCAGCACUUUAAACUUCGCCGAGAAUCUCCUGUAUCCCGCCACCUCGCCGGAUGAAGAUUCCGUGGCAGUGAUUGGCGCCACUGAAGUAGCCCGCGAAUUCAUUUCGUGGAAGGAGCUGCGAGAGCGAGUUCGGCUAUGCGCAAACGCUUUGAAAGAAGCAGGUCUGAAGACCGGUGAUCGUGUCGCGGGCUUCGUAGGCAAUCAUGCUAAUACCGUCGUGGCGAUGUUGGCCGCAGCCUCAAUCGGGGCCUUUUGGACUGGUGUGUCACCUGACACUGGUGUGCAUGCUGUUUUGGAGCGCUUGAAGCAGAUCCAACCCAAGAUUCUUUUUGCGGAUAAUGGCUCCUUCUACAAUGGCAAGGUGCAUAGCUCACAUGCCAAGGUAUGGGAGAUUGUCUCUGAAUUGCCAGACCUUGAGCUUUUGGUGCUCCUUAUUACUACCCCGGAACUCGAAGUUAACCUAAAUGACCUUCGACCUGCAAACGGGAAAGCAAAGGUUUAUGAUGAGUUCGUGUCUGAGGUCAAAAAUCCCCAGGCGCCGUUGGAGUUUGCAAGCUUGAGACCGGAUCAUCCUGUCUAUAUCUUGUACUCUUCCGGUACAACAGGGGCGCCCAAGCCUAUCGUUCAUGGGUCUCUAGGCACAUUGUUGCAACACAAGAAAGAACAUCUUCUUCACUGUGAUAUUCGGCCAGGUGAUCGCUUGUUCUACUUCACAACGACAACCUGGAUGAUGUGGCACUGGCUGGUAUCGGGCUUGGCCAGUGGAGCAACAAUCGUCCUGUACGAUGGUUCACCCUUCCGGCCCUUUGAUGACGAAGGCGGAAAAGGAGAAAUGGCCAUGCCGCGACUGAUCGAAGAGCUUCAAAUUACCCAUUUUGGUACAUCAGCUAAAUACCUCUCUCUCCUCGAACAAGCCGCCUUGAAUCCGCGCAAGCAUACCCAUCGGCCAGUGUCAUUGAAGACCCUAAGGGCUAUCUUCAGUACUGGAUCCCCAUUGGCGCCAUCGACGUUCGAAUAUGUUUAUUCCUCUUUCCACCACGAUAUCAUGCUUGGUUCCAUCACCGGUGGCACAGACAUCCUCUCUCUGUUCGCCUCCGGCUGCCCCAUUCUCCCCGUUUACAAAGGAGAAAUCCAAUGUCGUUCUUUGGGUAUGGACAUCUCAGUGUUUGACUAUGCUGGCAAUGAUAUCAGUGCAACAGGCGAACCUGGUGAUCUUGUCUGCGUCACACCCUUCCCGGCCCAGCCAGUCAUGUUCUGGCCCCCAGGGCCAACAGGGUUAGAGAAGUACCGGAAGAGCUACUUCGACGUGUUCGGACCCUCGGUAUGGCACCAUGGAGACUAUGUACGCUUGAAUCCACAAACUGGAGGUGUGGUCAUGCUCGGCCGCAGCGACGGCGUACUCAAGCCAUCCGGAGUGCGAUUUGGAAGUGCCGAGAUUUACAACAUUCUUCUCAAGCAUUUCGCCGACGAUGUGGAAGAUUCUCUUUGCAUUGGUCGGAGGCGAGAUGGCAUCGACGCCGAUGAGACCGUCGUUCUGUUUGUCCGACUUGCUUCUGGCAACGAGUCAGGUAUGCCGGCGGAACUCGCGGCACGCAUUCAGUCCACCAUUCGCAAGGAACUCAGCCCCCGCCAUGUCCCCGGCAUUAUUGACGCAUGUCCCGAGAUCCCAGUGACUUCCAAUGGCAAGAAAGUCGAGAAUGCUGUCAAGCAGAUUCUGUGUGGACUUAACAUCAAGAUUGAAUUAAUCAUCAUGCGCCGCACAGCAUUGCGGGCCAUUGAGUCUGCGAAGCCAUUGACACGAACUCCUCGCGCCGUGUCAAGAAGCCUCUCUACCAUCAAUGACUCGGCCAAGGAUCCCGCCGAGCUAGAACAAAUCACCACACUUCCAAAUGGAGUUCGCGUCGCCACAGAAUCAUUACCGGGUCCCUUCUCUGGUGUCGGAGUCUACGUCGAUGCCGGUUCUCGUUACGAAGAUGAGAGCCUGCGCGGAGUCAGCCACAUUAUGGACCGUCUAGCCUUCAAGUCUACCAAGGCGCGCAGCGGAGAUGAAAUGCUUGAGAUUCUUGAGUCCCUAGGCGGUAACAUCCAGUGUGCCUCAUCUCGGGAGUCGUUGAUGUACCAGUCUGCCAGCUUCAACUCGGCAGUUCCUACCACGCUAGGCCUGCUUGCGGAGACCAUCCGCGAUCCCCUUAUCACCGAAGAGGAGGUCAUCCAACAGCUCGCAACGGCGGAGUACGAGAUCGGCGAGAUUUGGGCGAAGCCGGAACUCAUCCUUCCGGAAUUGGUGCACAUGACUGCAUACGCCAACAACACUCUUGGAAACCCACUGUUGUGCCCGGAAGAACGGUUAGGCGAAAUCAACAAAGCAGUGGUGGAGCGGUAUAGGGAACUCUUCUUCAACCCAGAUCGGAUGGUGGUUGCAUUUGCCGGAGUGCCACAUGGAGAGGCUGUCAAGCUCACAGAACAGUACUUUGGCGACAUGAAGCCGAGGGACAUCAGCAAGACCACCGGUCCUGUACUGUCAGGCAGUGGAAUCGAAACCACACUGUCUGACUCCCAAGCGGUCGCCCACGAAGGCCAGGUGCCGACCGUUCCUUCCUUCACGCCCUCAUCGACAAUCAGCAGCCCGGCUGCUUCUCAAAAAACACACACUUCACUCUUGUCGAAGCUUCCAUUCCUCAAGAACCUCACUUCCUCCAAGAACUCUACGGUCGAGCCUCUCCACUCAUCCCUGGUUAAGCCAUCCGUGCUUAACCUCCGUCAACCUGCUCACUACACUGGUGGCUUCAUUGCCCUCCCUUCGAUUCCCCCGCCCGCGAGCCCCAUGCUUCCUCGCCUGAGUCACAUUCACCUUGCAUUCGAGGCUCUCCCCAUCUCCUCGCCCGAUAUCUAUGCUCUCGCUACUCUCCAGACCCUCCUUGGCGGUGGUGGCUCAUUCUCGGCUGGUGGCCCUGGAAAGGGUAUGUACUCGCGACUCUACACUAACGUGCUGAACCAGCACGGUUGGGUCGAGAGCUGCAUCGCUUUCAACCACAGCUACACGGAUAGCGGAAUCUUCGGAAUCUCCGCAUCCUGCAGCCCGACCCGGAUCACGGAGAUGGUCGAGGUCAUGUGCCGCGAGCUGCAAUCCCUGACUUUGGACACUGGCUACAGCUCCCUGCAAGCACAGGAAGUCAACCGUGCGAAGAACCAACUCCGUUCCUCGCUGCUCAUGAACCUGGAGUCUCGCAUGGUCGAGCUUGAGGAUCUUGGACGCCAGGUGCAGGUCCACGGCCGCAAGGUCAGUGUCCGGGAGAUGUGUGAGCAGAUUGAGGCCCUCACUGUCGAGGACCUCCGCCGUGUAGCUCGCAAGGUCUUUGGUGGCCAGGUUGACAACGAGGGCAAGGGCACUGGUAAACCUACUGUUGUGCUGCAGGAGGGUGAGUUGGAAGGUUACAAGCUCCGGUCCUUCCCCUGGGAGGAGAUCCAAGAGCGCAUUGCCCGGUGGAAGCUUGGCCGACGGUAA